GGAAAAUUUGACCGGCGUACCCUCCAUGUACUUAUUAUUAAUCAUCGAGUCCAACAACUUCAUCGUUUGCUUUUCAUUCAAAAGCUCGAUUUUCCUAGACGUAGAGGAAGGCGUUUUCUGUUUCUGGGCAUCUUGUUGAGGAGUUUGUUUUGUGAUAUUUGUUUGUUUGUUUGUUUGCCUGGUUGACUGGAGAUCCUUUCCAACGCUUUGUCUUGGCUUCGGUAUAUCAAUUCCCUGUUGUCGGCACUGCUGCUUGUUCUUGGUAGUGCUACUAUCCUACAUUGGAUAGUAACAACUCGAAGUCUUCGGUCGUUGUAUCCUCCAUAGUAUAGUUAGUUCGUAUUACGAAGAUUCGACUUCCCGAUUUCUGCACGGCAAUCCAGCCACGGGAAAGUGCUGCAGCAAAGAAAGGAAGGGAAAGAAAGACCAUGACAGGUGAACAUUGUACUUGGCAAGUAACAUCUGGCGAAACUACAGCGAGGAACUCGACGGACUUGGAGAUUGAAAGCCACGAAGCAUACGGCCGACGCGAGAAGCUUAGAAACGAUGAUAGAGAAAUUCCCAAAAUUGUGAUUCCGCACGAGAACGAGACGGGGACUUGCACGUUGGAUACGGAAUCGAAACAGAGGAAAUUGGAUGCGAGCAAAGUUCGGAUGGGAGAGGGACAGUUGGGAGUCCCAAAACUUCAAACGGAACCUCGAAAUCGCAAUUCGCAAACAGCACCAAGAACAUUUGGAUCCUUCUUCGCUGUUCAUUCACCAAUUGCUACCAGACCUCUUAAAUCGCUUCUUCCAUCGCGUGGAGACAAAGAGAAAACUCUUCCAAGAAGUAUGAGAGGAAGCUUUUUCAAUUCCCAUCCUUCACGAGAAGAAAUGGACAAGAAACCUCGAUCUCUCAAGAGUUUCAUGGGCGAUGAAUGGUACGAUCGAGUGAUGCGAUGUUUGUCGCCAAUUCUCGCCCUCUUCCCACCACUCAACUUCAUCACAAUCCAUUACACUUAUUUCAUCGUAACUCUCCUCAUCACCUCUUUAAUAUUCUGGGGCUCAUCAAAUCCUUCCAAAUCGAUAUCAUAUGUUGAUUCAUUAUUUAUGGUCACAUCGGGAAUGACGGAAGCGGGACUUAACACGGUUAAUUUGAGUACGUUGACAACUUUCCAGCAGGUUAUUCUUUGGCUAUUGAUUGUAGUUGGGAGUGCGAUUUUUGUUAGUGUGGCGACGGUGAGGACAAGAAAAAGAGCUUUUGAAGUUAGGUUUGGCGAGGUGGUUGGGAGAUAUAAGGAAGAGAGGAGGAGAGAAAGAAUGAGGAGUGGAAGUCGAGAUGCUAUGGGGAGUAGAAGGGGAGAUGGGAAUGGUCUGAUGAGGGCUAACUGGACGUUUCCCUCGACCAGUGGUGGUAAUGGAGGUGAAGAUGCUUUAGAGAUGGAAGAAGGAUUGAAAGUUCGACCAGUUGGGGGGGAAGGUGAUGAUAAUUGUAUGACUGCCAUUUCGGAAAUCUCUCCUCGUGGUGGUAUACCAAAAGAUAUGGGAGAUCAUAUUACGUUUGCACCCAAUGCAUAUCCAGUAAAUGGAAAAGGGAAGGCAAAUGAUGUUACAGUUGGAAGUUCCAAUACCGAAACUGCAACACCAGCUCGAUCAACCAAUUUCCAAUUUCCUACAUCCAUCUCAGAAAACACCAUCAAACAUCGCGUCCAAGAAACCAGUACACCAAUCCAGCAGACCCAAACAGGUCAGCAAGAUCUUGCUCCACUUCAAUAUCCUUCAUACCUAAAUUCUAAUACCACGGGCCGCAAUGCACAAUUUCACGGUCUAUCACGAGCCGAAAGAGAACAUUUAGGAGGUGUUGAAUACCGAGCUAUAUCAUUUCUAGCUUGGUUGGUUCCACUAUAUUUUAUUCUCUGGCAACUAUUAGGAGGAAUUGGAUUGGGUGCAUACAUGGCUUAUAAUAAAAGUAACGUUGCGCUUGAAAAUGGAAUCAAUCCAUGGUGGUUAGGGGUUUUCAAUGCGAUUAGUGCAUUUAAUAAUUCAGGAAUGAGCUUAUUGGAUUUGAAUGUGAUACCUUUUCAAACCUCGGUCUACACGCUCCUAACAAUGGGUCUUCUCAUUCUCGCCGGCAACACAGCAUAUCCUCUCUUCCUCCGUCUAAUUCUCUACACCCUUCUCAAACUUCUCGAUACAUUCCCAAAUGUCCUCUCACCCUUCCAACACCACAAGCCGACACUUCUAUUCAUUCUCCGCUAUCCUCGUCGCAUCUAUACCAAUCUGUUCCCAUCUCGUCCCACGUGGUGGCUUCUCUUCAUGGUCAUAACUCUGAAUAGUAUCGAUUGGGUUGCCUUUGAACUCCUCAACAUUGGUAAUUCCGCAACUCAAGUAAUUGAACCACGUUAUCGUGUUCUCGAUGGACUCUUCCAAGCAAUUGCAGUCAGAAGUGGAGGAUUCUAUGUCAUAAGUAUUCCAAGUCUACGUAUAGGACUGCAGUUCUUAUAUGUUAUAAUGAUGUAUAUUAGUGUGUAUCCGGUGGUAAUUACAAUGAGACAUAGUAAUGUUUAUGAAGAAAGGAGUUUGGGAAUUUACAGGGGAGAUGUGGAGACGGAUUCUCACACAUCGAGAUGGGGAAGAGGUAUGAAGAGAAUUAGGAAAUCAAUAAGUGGAAGGGAUAUCGGCAUACCGCAUACCGCAUCAUCAAAUUCAAACAUAACCUCGACCUCGCCUCCUGACGAAACCACAGGCACCCAAUUCAUUCACCACCAAUUGCGCUCCCAACUCUCCCACGAUUUGUGGUGGUUAACGCUUGCGACUUUCCUUAUCGUUUGUAUCGAAUCGUCGUCGUUUGAGAAAGAUCCAAUUACGUACUCGGUGUUUAAUGUGAUUUUUGAGGUGGUGAGUGCGUAUGGUUGUGUGGGGAUUUCCACGGGCUUGCCGGAUCAGGAUUAUAGUUUUUCAGGGGGGUUGAGGACGGCGAGUAAGGUUGUUCUGGUGGCGGUUAUGGUGAGGGGGAGACAUAGGGGAUUGCCGAGGGCGUUGGAUAGGGCGGUUAGGUUACCUGGGUGGGAGGGAGAGGGGCUAGGUGGAGAGGGUGGUGGAGAGAGGGAGGAGGAGGAGGCGGUGAUUGGGGAGUGUGGGGAGGGAGGAAAAGAAAGAGAUGGGGGGAAAGGGAAGGAGAGAGAAAGGUCUGAGGAAGGAAGAGGAUUGAGAAAGAGAAGGUUUAGUAGAGGGGUGGGGGGUACUGAGGAAGUUUAGCUUUGAUGGAGAGAUUUAUGAGGUAUCUAUCUAGGUAAUGAUUAGAAGCUAUGAUCUGAUUCAAAAUUUGUAAUGGGAUGGGAUGGAAUGGGAUGGAAUAUACUGAAUUAUGAAGAUUAGAUGAUAGAACGAGAGAAAGAAAGAAAUAGAGAGAAAUAGAGAGAGAAUAGGUACCCUUUUUAGUAUUUGAAUUGAGAUUGAAAAUCAAAGGCUUGAUUUUUAGAAUAAAAUAGAUGAGAUUAAAAUAAAUGAGAUUAAAAGAUAAUAAUAUAAUGA